GGAAACGUUCAGUGUACACAGAGAGUGGCUUGCAUAUUUCACUCUGACAUCUUACUACUAUGCUUUUCAACAUGAUAGUGGUUAGAUAUUCCUGAUAAUUUCAAUUUUUUUUCCUUUUGCUUUCAUAAUUUUUCUUUUGGCUUUCUUUUAUUUUGUAUUAUUUUUACUUUUAUUUAUUUUCUUCCCUCCCUCCUUCUCUCCUGUAUUCCUUCCUUCCUUCCUUCUUUCCUUCCUUCCUUCUUUCCUUCCUUCCUUCCCUCCUUCCUCUCCUUUCCUUUUCUUUCUUUUUUUCUCUUUCUUUCUUUCUUUCUUUCUUUCUUUCUUUCUUUCUUUCUUUCUUUCUUUCUCUCUCUCUCUUUCUCUCUCUCUUUCUUUCUUUCUUUCUUUUUUUUCUCCUUUUGCUAGUGAAGGAGAAUUGGAUUGGUUAUUUUCAGAACAGGGAGCCUAAAUUGAUGCACAGAUCAGUAGCAUCCUUGUUGGAGUGGCCAUCACAUGAAUUCUUUGGAGAUCUCUGAAGAAAACAGAAAGUAACUGAAAUGGCAUGAAUGAAUUAAUCGUGCCAGAUUCUCCAACGCUUCCUCAGGAGACCCUAUUGCUCUGAUCAAGAAGUUCCAUCAGCACCGAAGAAAACAGCAGCUCUGCCUUUGUUUCCUACUUUUUAGCUUUUGACAUAUAGCUGAAAAAGUCCCAGAAAGCUGAUCUUUCCAAGUUAAUCAUCCCUGAAGAGUGGCGGACUCAUUGUGCACUAAAGCAAUCCUUUCUUCUAUGUGAGCCAAAAAAAAGAAAAACGGCCUGCCAGACACCUGUAAAGAGAAGGCUAUCGUCAUAUAGGAAUUUGAGGAACUGCUAUAUGGUACAUUCCUUUUCCAAAUGGGAGAGAAUAAGCUCUCAUGAUGUCCCAGAGGGCCUUAAAAUAAACAAGAGGGGAAAUUGUAACAGCUUGUCAUCUGUGCUUGUACACUAGACUUCCAUGUAGUUACUCUAGACAAAUCUAAAUCAAAAAUGCAGAUCGUUCUUUGAAAAAUCCCCAAAUCAUACGUAGAGACUCAGACAGAUGUGGUAAAAAGAGGAAGGUUAUUUUAUACUUCGUAUCUCCAACCCACUGGCAAUCAAUCUUCUGGAAGGAACAGCAGUUGAUUGUGAAUUUAGUUUUGAACCACCAUUAGGCAAAGAUAGUUUCUCUAGAGAGAAUCAUGCCUGCUAAUUACACGUGUACCGGGCCAGAUGGAGACAAUACAGAUUUUCGAUACUUUAUUUAUGCAGUGACAUACACUGUCAUUCUUGUGCCAGGUCUCAUAGGGAAUAUAUUAGCCCUGUGGGUAUUCUAUGGUUAUAUGAAAGAAACAAAACGAGCUGUGAUAUUUAUGAUAAACUUAGCCAUUGCUGACUUACUACAAGUUCUUUCCUUGCCACUGAGGAUCUUCUACUACUUGAAUCAUGACUGGCCGUUUGGGCCUGGUCUCUGCAUGUUCUGUUUCUACCUGAAGUAUGUCAACAUGUAUGCAAGCAUCUACUUCUUGGUCUGCAUCAGUGUGCGACGAUUUUGGUUUCUCAUGUACCCCUUUCGCUUCCAUGACUGCAAACAGAAAUAUGACCUGUACAUCAGCAUUGCUGGCUGGCUGAUCAUCUGCCUUGCCUGUGUACUCUUUCCACUCCUCAGAACCAGUGAUGAUACCCCUGGCAAUAGGACCAAAUGCUUUGUGGAUCUUCCUACCAGGAAUGUCAACCUGGCCCAGUCCGUUGUUAUGAUGACCAUUGGCGAGUUGAUUGGGUUUGUAACUCCACUUCUGAUUGUCCUAUAUUGUACCUGGAAGACGGUUUUAUCACUGCAAGAUAAAUAUCCCAUGGCCCAAGAUCUUGGAGAGAAACAGAAAGCCUUGAAGAUGAUUCUAACCUGUGCAGGGGUAUUCCUAAUUUGCUUUGCACCUUAUCAUUUCAGUUUUCCUUUAGAUUUCCUGGUGAAGUCCAAUGAAAUUAAAAGCUGCCUAGCCAGAAGGGUGAUUCUAAUAUUUCAUUCUGUGGCAUUGUGUCUUGCUAGUCUGAAUUCAUGUCUUGACCCAGUCAUAUACUACUUUUCCACUAAUGAGUUCCGAAGACGGCUUUCAAGACAAGAUUUGCAUGACAGCAUCCAACUCCAUGCAAAAUCCUUUGUGAGUAACCAUACAGCUUCCACCAUGACACCUGAAUUAUGCUAAAACAAAAAACCAAACUGAAUGUGACCUGAAAUGCAAGUACAUCAGAACAUAUCUGCAAUACCCAAGCCACAGGGAAGAACUUGCAAAACAACACAGCUUUUCAAUUCUGCUCUAUCUUACUGCUAUGGGGAAUUCACUUCUUCAAAGCAGGACCUAUUUGGAGCAUUACGAUCCACCAUUACUGAUGUUGACAUGUCCAUGUAGUAAUUUUUCAUCAAGUCUGUAAAUCUUAAAAUAUCAAAUUUCUGUGACAUCCUAUAAACAUAUGCACUCAACUGUAGUCAGUACUUUUACCUGUGAACCUCAGGCACAAAAAGAUUAUUAACUUGGAGUCACCAUAAACAUUUAGUUUUGUUGCAACAGAUACUGAGUCUUUAUGUUCAGAGGAAAUGUAAGUGUCUUUUUAUAUUAGUAAUCACAGUUUACAUGCCAUUUUCAUAUGUUUGGUUAUAUUUUAGUGGGAUAGAUGAUAUAUUACCCUGUGUAAAGAAAAUGUAAACAUAAGAUCAUUUUUAUCUCUCAAGUGUGAUUACUCUUCAGAGUUUGAAGACUAAAAUAGCUAUUUUCUUCAUUUUUGUGUCAACAUGAAACAUCAUUUGUCACACCUGUUCACAGAGUGAAAAUCUGAACUCAGGCCUCUGGCAUAUUUAAACUAAGAACAAUAUACAUAUUUACAUACGAUAACCCUCUGUGACUGGAAAAGAUGCCGUGUUGCAUCUACCUAGGACAGGUAGUUUGACUGUCAAAGUCCAUACAAGGUGACUCAAUUGGGCUCUAGGCCUAGGAGAAAGCAGAAAGGUGACAAUCACAAUUCUGCUCUCUUACACUUUUUCUAAAGAACACUUCUGGAGAUGUAUGGACCCGCCUAGUAGAGGAAGUUUUUAUCAUGUUUCUAGAGAUACAUUGAGGUAAUGUUGACAGGUUCCUGCACUUUCUGAGCCUAUGGAAGAAGUAGUGCACUAAUGAAUCAUUAAACCUAGGCCAGAGUGAAAAGAUGAAGCAAAGUUGGGUAAUCUUUUUAAAAUUCUCAUCACAUUGUAUUUCUUAUUCUAAUACAAGGACACUUAGCUUAGACUGCCAAGUUACUUACACAAGCCAGAGUAAGUCUCUCUGCCCCAUCAUUGCAUACAUAUUACAGUCAGACACAUGGACCCUAGAAUCCACAUUGAUUUUUUUUGGUCUAGCUUUGCCCCAGACAUACCAUUCUAAAGCCUCCAAAGCCUAGCUCUUAGCAGCUGGGGAAGGCAAUUAUUUCACCUCUUGAAAAAUGCAUAGAAGAUUAAUUUGGUCAGCCUUUGGCAACCAAUGGCCAAUGACUUGCCUACUACCUGUUUGGUACUAUUGUGUGGGAAACAGACCCAGGAUAUUAGUCGUAAUUAAACCUUAGGUUGUAAGUAUUAGAAUAUUUUGAAACAUGUUUUAGCAAAAAGCUCUAACUUUAAGAAAGUUCUACUUAAAAUCUGUGUGCUGUAUAAUGAAGAUACCUUCUACUUCUCACAGAAGGAAUGUAGAACCCAAUCAAAGGCUUUAUCAUAUUUAGAGGAAAGGGGUUGUUUUAGGCAUACAGUUAUGAUACUAAUACAUUAGGGGAAAACUGGUGACAUCAAAAUGAAUUCUAAUAUCUAGACUGAUGGAAAGUUUUCUAAAGUUUUCUUUGGACAAGUGUUGAUUUUACACAUAUGUUGUUAUUAAGAUAAUACCCUAUUAGAAGACUGACUUUGUGCUGCUAGCAAGUGUAUCUAUGUGUCUCCUAACUAUUCAUUGUAAGGUAUAUGUUUUGAUGUGUUAAAUAAGUUUUCAAUAAGUGUUAAACUGUAUUUUAAAUAGGGCAUCUAUAACUGUGUCUUGUCUCUUUGCUUUAAAGUGUCUUUUGUUUGACUAUAAUUUCGUGUUGCAGUAGGAUUGCAAGUAAUAAUUUUGUGGAAUUGUGAAAUAACUGUGGGUACUUUUAAUGUGAGAGUCUUGUCUAUAGUAUUUGUGCUUAGUAUUUUCUAGAUUAGCAUGAAUUACACUUCCUAAGGUCACUUUGGAAGAUGAUUGAUUUGAUUUAAUUAACAUAUUGAUUUCACUUUGACUAUAUAUUUUUUUAAAGAGAAAGGGAAAUAUUUUCAGGAGAUGUUUGACCUUCUUAGAUGAAUGGUUGAGGGUAGGGCCCAUUUGUUAGGCAGCCCAUUUACAUCAUUCCAAAAAAGGACCAGUAUUCAGUGUUAUGCUGCUUAGCUGAGGACACCCUUUUUCCCCAGGCCUGGCCAUCUACGUUUGUAUUCAGUGCUCUGAUUUACUUUAUUCGCCCCUUAUCCCAUCAAUGUUUUGUCUUCUGCUUGAUUCCCUUGCUCUCCCAGGCAGCAACCUGAUCAAUUCAUUCACACCAUGGUGCUAAUAGCUAAUGUUAGGUUCAUAUUAAUUUACCCAGGAAUAUCUGAAUUCCAGGCUUUAGGACUAGGCAUUAAACCAAAGUGGUGACUUUCAAUGGAGGGCUAAUACAUACUGAAGCAGACAGACUGGAGGGAAAGAUAUUUUGAAUAAAGUGGGUCCCACAGCACUGCCUUUCAUAUUGCAUACAGUAAGCAAACACCUACUUUGGUUACCAUAAUGGGAAUGCUGACUUUUAAGAAAUUAAGAAAUGUAUCCAUGAACAUGGCUAUCAGUUUCUCAGAUGUCUGCUCAUCUUCUUUUCAUUUUGCCUCUCUCCUUUCCUAUGUUGGGCCUGAUUUUCAGGGGAAAGUCUAAACUAGUAGCUUACUAAUUUAGGAGUACUGGUGCAGCUACGAUCCAGACAGCAGCCUGUUCUCUGAGCUUCUCCAUUCCAUGGCUUAUCCAGACUUCUCAUUUAUCACUCUCUGGGUUCUAUGAAAUUGUGGUGCAAAGAGUAAACACCCUCAACCAUAGUAAUGUAUACUUCAAGAUAAAUAAUUCCACCUUUCCUAUAUAAAGUUGUUGAAUUUUGAUUCAAAAAUGUGUAAGUACUCCAAUAAGAAAAACUUUGAAUAUGUAGUAAUUUCUAUGUAAAAAUAUUGUUAUUAUUAUUAUAUUCAAAUGGUUUAUAUGUUUUCAUUGUCACUCAGUUAAGCAGCCAAUUCUAUUAGCUGGUAAUUCCACAAAGAGAAGCCAUCUGCCCCAGGAGCAACAGACCAAGCUGCCUUGGUCUAAGAGGGUGCAUCUGUGGAACUCUUGCGCAACUUACAUUUUAUGUCACCUUUUGAUUUUACUCCCAAGAUACUGUGAAAAUGUUGCACUUGGAAUUUAUUUAUGGCUAUAACUUAUAAUAUUCAUUUUAAUAAUAAAGAUUGUCUUUGUAAUUACAUAGAAA